AUGGCCGACGUCCGAUCACUCCUCCGUCAGCAGCGCGCUGCCAGACGAAUCGAGCACCCUCAUGCUGCCUACUCGGAUGCGGGCAAGCUUCUUUGCACCCUCUGCCACGAGCCAAUCAAGACCGAAUCACUUUGGGACUGCCAUGUCCGCAGUUCGGGACACGCGACAAAACUCAAAGCUGUACAGAAAGCAUUCGCCGACACGGACGGUUUGGCAGCCGCAGAUAGUGCGCCGUCGAACAAGCGGAAGCAUGACUCGGAUGAGGAUAUGGAAGAAGAGGAUACGGCAGAUUCUGUACGGAAGAAGCGAAGCAAGACCAAUAUGAGCAGGCCUGCACGAUUGUCCCUCGGCGAGUCGGAUCGAGACUCCAAGGAACUGACUCUCACACCGCCGCCGCUGAAUCGUCGGACGUCGACAACACCUGUUCAAGGCGUCGAGAUCCAGAUUCCCUCGCGGCCUCAUACGCCAGCGUACAAGGACGGGGCAUCUUCGAACUCAACACCCUUGGUGCAGCCAGUCGGUCCCUCGCCGCUGAUUCCGCAGGAGCCGACGUUGGGAAGCGCGAUUGCAGCAGCACCACCUGCACAAGAGAAUGGCGCAAGGUCGAAAGCUGGGUCGAAUGGAGUUCAGGUGGAUGAAGACGAGUGGGCGGCCUUUGAAGCAGAUAUUGCAGCAGCCACGGCGCCAUACUCGGAAGAUGCCGUGAUUGCUGCCCCGGCCAUGACGGCGGAGGAGACCGCGGCGGCGGCGAAGACCGAAGAAGAAGAACAAGAGAAGAGGCGUCUUGCUGCCGAGAAGGACCUCAUGGAUGAGAAGGAGGAAGCUACAAGGGCUUUAGAGACGGAGUUUGAGGAUAUGGAGGAGCUCGAAGCCCGAGUUCGAAAGUUGAAGGAGAAACGUGAGGCAUUGAGGAGACAGAGCGAUGCGGGCGCCGCCGCGCCUGCUGAUAAACUCAUCAGCAAGGCUGCUGAAGCUACUGGAAAGGAGAACAUAGAAGCGGUCCGUGAGGAGGACGAGGAUGAGGAUGAGGACGAAGAUGAAGAUGACUUUAUGGGCUUCCGCUAUCGGUCAUGA